UUAGUCGACCCUCUCCCCGACCAUGUGAAGGGUGAAUGCCUGCGCCAGACAAUGUACCAUCUGUUCAAGUCUAUAUAUCUGCAUGCUACCAGCAAAGAAGAAUAUUCCAUUCUCCUCCUCGGCCUCGAUAACGCCGGCAAGACCACCCUGCUCGAACAGAUCAAAGCUGCAUAUUCAGCCAAUCACCCGAACCUCAAAACCGUUCCUACUGUCGGCCAGAAUGUUGCAACUGUCUCCCUACCUCCUCCAAACCCGCCUGUCUACCUGAAGAUCUGGGACGUCGGUGGUCAGCACUCGCUACGUGGUCUCUGGCAGUCUUAUUAUUCGAGCUGCCAUGCCAUCGUCUUCGUCAUUGAUAGCACCGACGUUGGCGAUGCCGAUAUUGCUCACCUGAGUACCGACGCUGGGAGGGGGGAGGAGCAUGGCAGGCUAGACGAGUGUAGACUGGUUUUAGAGUCGGUGCUCCAGAACGAAGAGGCUGAAGGUGUCCCCAUUCUCGUUCUUGCGAACAAGCAGGACAGGGAGGACUGCGUUGAGGUGGUCAGGAUAAAGGAAGGCUUCGUCCGGAAGGUGUUCGAGGGCGAGAAAGGAGCGAACGUGAGAGACAGUCGAGUUCUACCCUGCAGUGCGCUUACCGGAACCGGCGUCCAAGAGGCGGUGGAAUGGCUGUGUAGUAGGGUGAAGUGGAAUAAGGAGUCCCGUCCGCCACUAAUGCGAUAACGAGAAUAUACCCCAAGACCGUAGUGUCGGUCUUUCCUACAAGAAACGUGCUCUAGAGCCUUGUGGAGAAGAACCCAGCACAUGUCGCGGCUGUCGGCCCCUCCUUUUAAUCCUAGCUCUGGCUGUAUAGGAGGCUACCAGCGCGUUCGAUGUGAGCAACCAUUUCAGGAACGCCCAAGUCUAGGCGGUCCUUUCCUGGACGAUUUUUAAUCGCUGUCUUCAGCAAACGGCAACUGCCUGCUCGACACGCAACCGAUAUUCUAAUUAAUCCUAUGAUUUAUAAUGCAAAUAACAAAAC